CAGCGACAGUACCAGGCAAGCGACGCUUUCGUCGAAAGUCAGCGAAAAACGUGAGUGCGUCAAUGGGACUGUGGCUGCAUAGAACCAGGCGCGUUUAUAGGGCAUUUUUCCGCUGCGUGCUAGCGUGCGCUGGCAUGGCUCAGUGGUAGAGUAGCUGAGUGGGAAUAUUUUUUUUCUCAUUCCCGGCGAAACUACACGUUUUCUGGGAGCUUGAGCGAGAACGAACCUUGAGAACCUUGAGCCAGAGCGUUUUGUGGGAGCUUGGUGGCUUUCCUUUUUUUUUCUUUUUGCUGGAGGAGGAAAGGGUUGGCGCUGUUCAUUCGAAAAAGACCAAGGUGAAUGAGCAAGCACAUAUGAAACGGUAAAAGAAAGUCUCGUCUGCUUUGAAUAACUUUUAUGUGUCAGCGCUAUAGAAACAACGGUUUAAGGGUAGUUUUUAAUACUUUAGGCAAAGUGCGAUUUACGCACAGAAGGAUCCAGAGUAUAAUUGCCGAAAUUUGCAGCAGAUAACUUGUAGUUUGUAGCUUUGACUGCUUUCGACACACCUGUGCAAAGCACUGGCAUUGCUUUCGCAGCCAGUUUGAGCGGUUAUUUCGCGCUUACGGUUUUCAGUGAACAAAAAAAAAAAUUAUAUUCUACGCUUUGGAUAAGACUAAAUACAUAAUAUUCCGCUCACGAUGCACAAAACUUGACACAAUUCAGGCACGCAAAUUCAUAUUGAGGGUAGUGUUGUAUAGAACAGCUAGGUAUUAUAAUAUGAUUAGGUAUGUUAUUGAAUUGCAACUUGAACUGGAGACCACAUAUUUCCAGUAUAUGCUCUAAAUUAUGUCAGCCUCUCGGUGGCACGCCGCACGUUCGACGAACCCGGAAAAUUAAAUGUCAACAGAGCCGCGGUCGCGAAAAGGUAGCGGGCCAAACAUUUUGUGUCGACUUCUUUAUCGGGAAAUGUCAGCCUUUUGUGACAUUUGUCCGAAUAGCUUAAUUCGCGCAAGUGACAUAGCGAUCAUUUUACGAUCGAGAUAUUUGGUUCCCACGAAUUUUUUAUUACGUGCACAUGCGCCAUUGAGAAUGCAUUUUCCACACAUGCAUUAGGCGAGCGUGUUUUGUUGUUGUUGUUGGUUUCGUGUUUUUAUUUUAUUUUAGAAAUAUAGCUUUUUACUUCGAUGCGACCGCCUCUGUGCACAGCCCAAAGCUUCCACCACAUUUUCUUAUGAAAGCGUGGCCAAGGCGAUUGGUUAUCUGCGCCCAUCUGCAGACAUACGGUUUCGUCAAAGUAUGAAUGCGUUGACUGCGAAAGCUGUCGGUCGAACUAAACGAAGGCUCCAUACUUUAAUUUGGUUUAUUCUUCAACGGCGUCGGCAGACACUGUUCGGCUGUCUUGUAAACUAAUCGCUAGUCGAUAAAGCGCUUAAGCUGCAUUCUACUCGGGGAAAGUGUCACGUUGACCUCGAAUGUUUUAUACAGAGAGCAUUUCUUCAUAUCGUGCAAAUCAAAGACUAAAUGGCUGUUAAACCUUCAAUACGAGUAAAGACGCUCAGCCCCGAGUGAGAAAAGAAAUGAAACGCAUUAACACCCGGUGAGAUUGACACUGACAACAUAAUAUUCAAUGAACCUUGCAAGCACCAAGAGGCUUUCCCAACAUUUUCGAGCUUUGAGCGUGUUAUCAUUUUUUCGAAUCCCUUACUUUUCCAUUUUACAUAUCCUCCUCAGAAGCGAUGGCAUUCUAAAGGACAUAAUCAUUUUUGAAGUCGAUGCUUACCAUCGACUGGUACACUUGUUAAUCGCGCGAAAACCCUGUGUUUUAUUUAAAUGCCACGGUUAUAUGUUGAAUGCGGCAUCUCCGUGUAUACGUGGAGAGAGCGGUAACAUUUUCCUCGCGUUUCCUGACGUAAAAACCAAUUUUCUCUGCCUGAACACAACGCUGGUGCAACGUCGUGUGAUAGGCUGCCAUAUUGGUGUUUCAUCCUGAACAUUUAUGUCGACUAGCGGUACCUGAAGCGCCAUUCACGGAUGCUAUUCGUCAUCCGUGACGAGCCAACGGUUUACAUCAAAAUAGUGUCAACUUUCACGGAAUAUGACGGCGAGAGCCUCUGAGUUGAGCCAGCAUCCGACCUUAUAUUCCGGAUGAAUAUCUUACGUGAUCGCUUCCUAGUUAAUUCCCAAAAAAAGAUACAAGAAAAAAAUUGAUUGUAGCCAACUUAUAUUAUAAUGCGCAAAUGGGUUUUAUGAGAACACGCGAGUCGUUGGACAUGCGUGAUAGACGUCUCGGCUUGCCCCAAUGUCUGUGGCUGGGAAAGACGUUGCAAACGUAGCGGUACAAUACUCAGAUCUGACAAAGAAAAGAAAGAUAGAGAGGCAAGAGAGACGGUACUUCAAGCCAGUUGUUUCCACGUGUGCAUGGCAGCUCGUGUUUGUGUGCUUACAAAAAGUGUCUCGAAGCUGUGCGACGGGCGUACGCUGCUAGCGCGUGUGGGUCAUCUGGCUGGCCAGUGUUUCCGAAUCAAGCGUCCUUCCUUUCUUUCGAUCACUAUCUGUCUAUCUCUCUGCCCGUGCCGAUCACGACGUUUGGCUGCGCGCAUCAUUUCCCCCUCCGGGAUACCGAGUUCUUUGGUUCGUUCCGCUUGCUCAGGCGCACGUUUCGUUGCUGCGCCGAACGUUGCGUUGCUCGACGCUCACCGCGUCCGAUGCGGGGCGCCUCGUAAGUGAUCGCUGCCCCGUAGCCCAUUCUCUUACACCCUUUGGCGGGUCGACGGGAACACUCUCACGUUCCACUCUUGAAGGCGAAGCUUAAGCGUCCUCCAAUUUUUCUUCUCUGCCAGCCAACCUUUUCCCGCCAGGUGAAGUACCUGUAAGCUCUUCAAAGCUUUUCAUCUGUCUCGAGUAAUUUGCCGAUAGUAAAUGUCGCUCAGUAAACAAAACACGUAGGAAAAACGCACGAAGACCUCCCAUUUUCGUCUGGCUGGCUAUCGUGGUGGUUCCCGCACAUGGUGUUCACUGCGCAUGUUCCUUUUUCUGCGUGCACUUCCUGCGUGCCGUACGUGUUCUACAAGCAAGCAUUUUGUUCUACCAUCAUAUUGAGAGCAGUAAUCCCUACUCACUGCGAACGAUGACAAUCGGGUACACUUUCCAAGCUGGAGCGAGUGGCCACUUGGUCACGACAGAUAACAAGGUGACUGAGGCAAAGGCAAGAUUUUCAAAGAAAGGGGUUCGCCGACAUGACGCAACAGGGCGAAGUAUAUGCCGUGGACUCCCUUAGAGUCAUCAUGCCGAGCCAGCAGAGAAUAGCUGAACUGAAUCAGCAACAUCAUAACGCUGUGGCAGUUGAGAAGCUGCGUGACGACGAGAUCACGGUCGAGGUGAACGACUACGCUGCUGCGGAGAACAUGGUGAAGGCUUACUCGACAGUAGGCCACAGCAGCCACAGCGUACUGACAGCGAUGAAGGGCAACAAGAUAUCCCUGCGGUUUGAAAAGAAAGCUUUACCAGGAACGAGCAAGGAGGAGAAGCAAAAAUAUGGCACGCUAGUGACGGUCAUCGCCGUCGGCAUGGACAUAGUUUGUUCGCAAGCUAACGAACUUUGUGCUAUCAUCACUGUGAUCAAACGCCAUCCGUCAUAUGUAAAUAAAUCAAUCAUUUCACCAUAG